AUGGAAAAUAUCUGCAGCCCUGACGGCACUAAUAAGGUAGUGCAUGGAAAAGAAGAGGCAUACGAGAAGCCGAAGGUGGAUGGUAAUGUUGCUGACGAUAUUGCAGUAACGAGCAGUACAGCUGAUAAAAAGGGUACUGGUAAAGAGAAUUCAGCUGGCAAUGAGCUAGAAUGCACAAAGUUGCGAGAUAUCGGUGGUUAUGCUGAAGAUGGAAAUGAACGCAAGAAGAAGAAAUCAAAAUCAGUGGAAAAUGAUUCCAAGGAUGGACAUCAUAACGGUGAUGCAAGAACCCCAACUGUUGAAAAUGCUGCUACAAUUGAAGAGAAAUAUAAGAAAGUGAGUUUCGUUGAUCAAGUUAAGGUGUUUCCUUCUACGGAUGGUAAGCGUUACUCAAAAGAAGAAGGUGAGAUUGUUAUGAAUGCUGUUGCCGAAUACAUCGAGUCUCGUAAUCUAGGCGAUGAAGGUUUAGACAUGGUUCUAAACUGUGGAUCUCACAAAGAAGUGAGAAAGUGUUGGAAGGAAAUUCAAGCAGCAUUCCUUGGAGAGAGGGAUGAGAAACAUCCAUGGACUCCUGUGUUGGAAGGAAAUUCAAGCAGCAUUCCUUGGAGGCCAGUUGGGAGCGUAUACCAUCGAGCUCAUGUUCUUUUAGAGAGGGACGAGAAACAUCCAUGGACUCCUGAAGAGUUAGAGAUGGUGAAGAAGUUAGUCGAAAAACACGGACCGAAUUGGAGAUUGUUGGGUGAUUCACUUGGCAAGCAAUGUGAAUAA